AUGUCACGAGAAGAGCUGUUGGUCUUGCGAAAGACCCUGAAAGACCUGCUGGACAGAGGAUUCAUCCGAGCGAGUAGCUCAGCGGCUGCCGCGCCGGUGCUGUUCCGCGACCGAUACCCACUGCCCCUCAUCGCGGAGACCCUGCAGAAUCUGGCCAAGGCUAAGUGGUUCACCAAGUUGGACGUGGUGGCCGCUUUCCAUAAGAUCCGCAUGGCUCCGGGACAUGAGGGAAAGACUGCAUUUCGCACGAGGUUUGGGCUCUACGAGUGGCUCGUGUGCCCUUUCGGCCUGAGCGGCGCCCCGGCAUCAUUCCAACGAUACAUGAACAGUGUAUUGCGCGAAUGGCUGGACGACUUUGUCACAGCGUACCUGGAUGAUGUACUGAUCUACUCGAGCGGUUCGAAGGCGGAUCAUGAGGCUAAGGUGCGACGAGUUCUCCAAGCACUCGCCGACGCUGGGCUGCACCUAGACCCAGCGAAGUGCGAGAAAGGAAUCGCCUGCGACCCCGAAAAGCAGCGCGCCAUCCGCGAAUGGGAGGCCCCGACCACGGUGAAGGGUGUCAGAAGCUUUCUGGGCUUCGCCAACUAUUACCGGAUCUUCAUCCCCGACUAUGCCAAGAUCACGCAGUCUCUGGAUGCCCUGCUUAAGAAAGGAACUGCCUUUCAUUGGGGACGAGCGGAGAACGAGGCGUUUCAGGAGCUGAAGCGACGAUUUUGCGAGUCACCGGUGCUCAAGCAGUGGGACCCGAGCCUCCCGACCUUUUGGAGACGGAUUGCUCAGGCUACGCAUUGGGAGGCGUCCUGUCGCAGGAAGCGACUUUCGCCAGCGGAGUACAACUAUCCCAUUCACGACAAGGAGAUGCUUGCCAUCAUGAGAUGUCUCGACAACUGGAACGCCGAACUUAGGAGCUGCGGCCCAUUUACAAUCCUUACCGAUCACCGCAACCUGGAGUAUUUCAUGACACGCCAGAAGCUCACGGAACGGCAGAGCCGUUGGGCAGCCGAAUUGUCCCAGUUCGACUUCAAGCUCGAGUAUCGACCGGGAAGCGAGGCUGUCGUGCCUGAUGCGUUGUCCCGCCGUGAACAAGACAAGCCACAGGGCAUUGACGACGAGCGGGAACAAGGAAGAAUGAUACAGUUGAUACCGGAUAGUGCCAUUCCAUCAUCGACAAGAGCAUGUAUCAACGCGAUGAGUUCUGACUGUUCAGAGGCAUCCACCCUGCCGAAGAUGAAGGUCUUCGAGGUAGCGGACCUGCAGCAACUCUGGGACGAAACGGUGGCGAAGGACUCGAUAUUCCGGGCAGCCUAUAAGGCAGUCCGCGAUCGCGAGCGUGCCUUCCCGCCCUCGCUGGGCCUGAAGAUCCAGAUUUCAGAAUGUGCGAUCGACGCAGGCAAAGGCUGA